CGCUGUUUUCCUGUUGUCGGGGAAAAAUUUAGAUAAGAAUUGUGUAGCAUACAAGAUUCUUUUAGCAGAACACUACGGAGCAAACUGAUGGAUGUUGUUGCCGGUUAUCGACAAUAGACAGAGGUUAACAUUGCUCCAACAUCUACGGCAUCGCUCAUGCUCCUGUGGAAGCCAGCAAGAACAAAAGAACUAGCAUGAAUGGAAGAUAGGUGAACUAUCUAAACGGUAUUACAACUAUUCCAUUGUGUUUUGCAAGCCCCGUUAGCAUCAAGUGCUUACAUUUUCGCGUGAAGAAAGUGUGGAAUUCCAGCUAACAGCUGCCACCAUCAGACGGCUGUCAACUUUGUCAAGCACAUCCCACAACAGCGUUGCGAUGAUUCCUGUUUAGACCUGUUGUAUCUUGUUGCCGUUUAGCGAACAUACAAGCGCGAGCAAAGAAGUGGUAGCGUAGUUUGUGCCAAGUGACCCCGUGAAAAUUGUGCCAAUUGCGAGAAGAAAGCAGGAACAGUACGCGGAAGUGGUAUUUUCCAUCUACUGACCACCGGCGUAAGGGCUAUGAAUCAACCAUCUAUCCGUCAAUAAGGAGAUUGAUGUGGGAAGGGUUGUAAAAUGGUCCCAUGUUUCGAAUGGAAUACAACGCAUCCGAUAUGAUCGAUAAAGCACGAUCUUUAGUGGCAGUGACAGUAGAGUACACGAGACUGGGACUUCAAGUAGCAGCAGCAUAGUUCGUGACCACGUACAUGAGAGGAACACAGAAAUAGCGACACGAGAUAGAGCUGGAGGGACUCCAUCAACAGGCGACAAACAAAUCAUCAUGGGCAGUUGCUUAACAUGUUUCCGGACCCCUCCAAAUGCGAACGUGGCUACACCGGGUUGUCCUGCGACGAGUGCUGGCGGUGCCGGAGUAGCACACGAUCCGGCGAUGACGUACACAGAGAUGGAACAGGUUGCACAUGAAACAGACGAUCUCCUUCCGGUGAGUCCCCUGGGCCACCAUAUGGGUCUAUCAGAAAGGUGUAGUGGAGGAAGCUUUAAGAAGCCCGGCUCCGGCGGAAUGUUGAACGGCAACAUUAGCUGCUCGAUGGUUGGCAGUGGUGGAGGACUGAUCGGCGGCUCCGGUGGGGCCAUCGGUGGAGGAUUGACGGUCGAAAGCACGAACAACAACGGAAUGGGCAGUAAGGAGUGGAUCGGUGGAACAGUUGCCGCGAAUCAAACGCUGCUUUCGGACAACGAACUGAACAAACUGUUCGAGAGCUACAAGGACGCGCAGGAGGACGCCAUUCUGUCUGAGGGCAUUGAGCGGCUGUGUGGCGAUCUCGGCUACAAACCGGACGACUUUGCCAUCCUAGUACUGGCCUGGCGCUUGGACGCAAGUCAGAUGUGUCAGUUUACGAAGGCGGAAUUCAUUCAAGGAUUGCAACGAAUGAAUGCGGCAAGCAUCGAGGACAUCCGCACGCGCUUACAGCAGAUCGUCGAACGACUGCGGAUGGAUAGUACGGAGGACUUUAAAGCGCUGUACCGGUUUACUUUCCGCUUCGGGCUCGAGCCCGGCCACCGGAUACUCUCGCUCGACAUGGCCAUCAGCCUGUGGCGGCUCGUGUUCACCGUGCACACGCCCGACAUCCUGCAGCGCUGGCUGGACUUUCUGGAGCAGCAUCAGAACAUCCGGGGCGUCCCGAAGGAUACCUGGAACAUGUUUCUGAACUUUGUGGAAACCUGUGAUAUCGAGCACUACGACGACACCGAGGCGUGGCCUAGUCUGUUUGACGAUUUCGUCGAGUACGAGCAGGAGCGCACCGGGCACCAGAAGACGAAGGACGACGACAGCGGCGGAGAACCACCGCCACCGUUAAGUCUCAACGAACACGAUGGUUCAUAGUAUUCGAACGUUAAAUAAUUUCGCCGUUUACAUCCACAACCACAUACCGGUCGCCUGUUCUCAUCUCUUCAUCCUAUCAACCCAUCAUGCACCAUCUUCCCCUCAUCGUUACCUGGUGUUUAGUACGCCAAUGUUUAUUUCGUUGCCAACAAAACUGCGCGCAUUCGGUAAGCAUGCAAACAACAAUCUGCAAUAUCUGAUUGGUAAAGGUGGACCUAUCCUAACUAUCUGUGCUAAUGUGCUCCAGUGUUUCUUUUCUGGUAGAGGCAGGCCGUCCGUUUACUUCUUUCACACUUUUGGGAUAAUCAAGAUUCAUAUUCGUUUUAACUAUUAUUUAUUGCACUCUCAUAAACCAUUAACAAAGAUCCGAAGAAAUCGUGUCUGUGUUGAUGAAGUAAAUUCGUCGGCUUUUAAGAACGACAUUAUCCGUUCUUCCUUACUUUCCCAAUAGUUAUAGAUGUCGGUUGUGUGUGAGGCAUUUUUUUAAACAUUGCUUUCUCAAAGUCGCAUCUGAAGGCGAGUUUAGGUAAAGCUAGGAACAAAAUUAAAACCGUAGAAGCGUUGUUGAGUCUCUUGCUGUUGAUGUUUAUGAUGAUAUGAAUCAUACAACUUCGAGGUGCGAAUCUUACAACCAUAUAAAUUAGUAGAAAUGAUCGGACAUUGUUUCGAAACGAGAAAUGGCUGCAUGUCUAAAGACAAAACCGAGGAUAAACCACUACUAGAAGUGACUAGAUCGAGUUUUAAGAGACACGUAUUUAUGAAGGAAACAUGCAAUGUAGGGCCUUUAUCGAGACACACAUGAUUCAUAGGUAAACUAGCGAAUGAAUCAAUUGUUAGGACGCGUGACGAGUACUGAAAAAAAAAACAGAUUAGCUAAAUUUAUGGCCAACAGUAAGCAUAAAAUAAUUAAGAAAAAGAAAACACACAAACUGCGGCAAGUGAAGACAAGGAAAUAGGGGCGUAAUUGUAUGUGAUGGAAGCAUAUAUAACAGUGCACGAUCUUUCGAUUUUUUAAUUACUAAAACCCCUGGCGCGCGAUAAUGUAUGAAUUAAAUGGAACCAGCAAAACGGUGGAAAGGUUGCCGAAAAAGUGCAAUGUUUUCCCCCCGUGCUUAUCGGAAACAUUGCUGCGGAUUCCACGGAUCGAUAUCAAAACUUAGUGUAAUUAUUGCAUUGACUAAAAACGGUUUUGAAAUAAAGGUGAUAAACCUGUA